AUGCCAAGUUUUCUACACAGAUUUUAUGAAAAUAUAACACGCAAGAAAACUUAUGAUACUGAAUCAUUGCAUACUUCUCAAUUGAGACGAUGUUUAACCGUCUUUGAUCUAACUGUCUUGGGUAUUGGGUCGACAUUAGGAACAGGAACCUAUAUUCUAACAGGUCAAGUGGCACGUGAAACGGCAGGACCAUCGGUUAUUCUUAGCUUUUUAAUUGCAGCGAUUGCAUCGAUUCUUGCAGGUGUUUGUUAUGCUGAAUUUGGUGCACGAGCACCACGUGCAGGCAGCGCUUAUACAUACACAUAUGUUAGUGUCGGUGAAAUUAUGGCAUUUAUCAUCGGCUGGAAUAUGAUCCUUGAAUAUGUUAUAGGUGCCGCUAGUACAGCACGUGCGUUAAGUGCUUAUUUUGACUCGCUAAUUAAUUUUGCCAUGAAAGAUUAUUUUAUAUCACAUUUUCCAUUACAUUCCGAAACAUUUGCGCCCUAUGCAGAUUUAUUUGCUAUGGCUUUAUGUCUAAUAAUCACCGUUCUUUUGAUCGUUGGGAUUAAAGAGUCAGCUGUAUUGAAUAAUGUAUUUACAUUCAUCAAUCUUUCUGUUAUUGCUCUUGUUGUCGUUGUUGGUCUAACAAAAGUUCAUGGGCAUAAUUGGGCAAUCUCAUCGGAGGAAAUACAAAAUUUAACUAAUGUUACAUAUCCUGUUGGUAAUGGUGGCUUCUUUCCAUUUGGUAUCGAAGGAACAUUAGCCGGUGCAGCAACAUGUUUCUAUGCGUUUGUCGGCUUCGAUCUUGUUGCUACAACAGGAGAAGAAAGCAAGAAUCCACAACGAGCUAUUCCAAUGUCAAUUUGUUUGACAUUAGUCGUUCCAUAUUAUCUUUUAAACCCUGAUGCCGUUUUCCCCGAAGCAUUCCGCUAUGCUCAAUUACCAGCAUUCAAAUAUAUAAUUGGUGUGGGUGCAUUAACGGGCAUAUUUGCUUCAUUACUUGGUUCACUUUUACCAUUGCCACGUGUUUUAUAUGCGAUUGCUGCUGAUGGAUUAAUAUUUCGUUUUAUAUCAUGGAUACAUCCACGUUUACAAACACCAAUUAUAGCGACAAUUCUUGGUGGAAUAGCUGCAGCAUUGAUGGCUUUGAUGUUCGAUCUAAGAAAAUUAGUUGAAAUGAUGUCAAUCGGCACAUUACUUGCUUAUUCUCUUGUAUCUAUUUCUGUCUUAUUUUUGCGUUAUCAACCUGUUGAUGACCCGCUUUUGCGCUCGAUUGCACCUGUUAGUGGACCAAUUUACAAAGAAUUAUUUCGACCGUCACAAACACAUCCAACAGUAUAUUCAGCAAGAAUAACGAAAUAUCUUAUUGUCUUGUUGGUUAUUAACGGUUUCAUUGUUUGUGCAAUACAAAUAUUUGCUUCGCAUCGUCUUGUAGCUAAAGAAUCUGGAACUGUCAUAGCGUUUACCAUUUUUACUAUUACGGAAAUUUUGCUUGUUAUUGCUAUCGCACGACAACCAAAAAGUGAAAAACCAUCGUAUUUUGAGCUAACAUUUCAUGAGACUCCGCUUGUGCCUUAUGUGCCGAUACUGAGUGUUUUGAUCAAUACUUAUUUAAUUCUUAAACUUUCACCGGCGACUUGGGUUCGAUUCGGUGUAUGGAUGGUUUUAGGCUUUCUUAUCUAUGGCUUCUAUGGCUUUUGGCAUAGUUCACAAAGAUUUAUCAACGAUACUCAACGACUUCUCUCUGGUAGUACAUCAUCAUUAAUUAGUUCUUAA